AUGCUUUGCUCUCGUCAAGCCAAAUCCGUCUGUCGCCCCCUUAUAUCUACGGCUGCUAAGUGGAGAAUAUGUUCCAGGAGUUACAACUCACAGACAAGCCAGGACCAACAGAAAACAUUCUUGCAAGAAUACAAAAUUAGAUCGUCUUUGGAAAGACUCAUUUACUACUAUGCCAGCCAGCCAUUGACCAAGUUCUCUAUUCUGGCCUUGUACGACCAGUCACGGAAACUCAACAACUCAGUGAUUCUACAGUUUGCUCGAAAUACCGUAGAGCAGCUUUUGGCUUAUAAUGCCCGAAGACUUAGACGCUUCAGAAACCUACCAUAUUUGGUGAUGUUGAAUCCGUCAAUCUCAGAGCUGUACAAUAUGUACUUGAAGACCAUGUCUGUGCUCUUGAAUGCGUCGCUCAAUCCGCCCACCACUUUGGAGGAGAACGAUAAAUUCAAGAAUGAGGUACUCAAUAAGUUUAUCGAGAUUCAUGCCGAUGCAUUGCCCAUUCUUUCUAAAGGGUUUUCCGAGGUGAUGCAUUUGAUCUCCACCAACGACAUCAAAUUGUUUUUGGACGAGCACUUGAAGGAGCGUAUCAGCAUGAGGCUCAUAGCACAUCAGCACAUUCUGCUCACGGAUUCAUUGUCCACCAACGACUAUGUAAAGGGCGGAAACUUCAACGGAGUAGUCAAGGAACUUGACAUUCGGGCAGUGAUUCAGAAGAAUGCAGACUUGGUCAAUGAUAUCUGCCUCAUGAAGUAUGACCAGUCAGUUCUGGUGAAAAUCGAUACCAAUCUUUAUCCACCCAGUUUCUGGAACCUGAGGGACGCUCCGCCAUCGCUGUUGAAGCUCAAGAAUGAGACAGACCCCAUUAUUUUCCCAUAUAUCGAGUUCCACCUCGAUUAUAUUCUCAUGGAGCUUUUCAAGAACUCGUUCCGAGCUCAGAUCGAGAACCAUGUUUCUGAUCCGGUUCAGGUGACUGUUUCCACAUGCAACAAGCCCUCCUAUCUUGAAUUGCGAAUCAGAGACAAGGGCAAGGGAAUUCCUCCCAAUGUGGUCAAGCAUAUGUUUGACUACUCGUUUACAACCUACGAAUCUGGAGAAGGUGACAGUUACAAGACACUCAAUGUACCACCAGGCGAAGGAGGAAACACAGUAGCGGGCAUGGGCUAUGGACUUCCCCUUCUGAAGAACUAUAUUGAGAUUUUCAAUGAUACAUUAGACCAGGAAAUCGCCGACCAUCCGGAUCAAGAAGAGGUGAUUCCUACAAGAGGUCUGUUGACUGUGCAGUCGUAUUAUGGGUGGGGCACUGAUGUGUACUUAAAGACUGUUGGAUUUUAG